UUUUUGUAUUCUGUUAUCUCCUUCAUUUUUGCCUCUUUCAAUUCUUAUUCCACUUCUUCGGUUCCUAAUUGCUUCAUCUCUCUUCAUUUUGUCUUUCACUAUACCCUGCCUCUUCAUUUCCUCUUCACUCCAAACUUCUCUCUCUCAACUAUAGGUGUCUUCUUUAAUUUUCUUCUUUCACUCUAAACAAACAAUGGCGGAUGAUGCAGGUUCCGGUUCCGGUUCCAGCUCUACGGACCAAGCACAAAAUCAGCGAACAGCUCAAAAGAACAAGUCUAAACAUACUCCUUUUUCAAAAGUGUGGAGCGAUGAAGACGAAGUCUCCCUACUUACAGGUAUUAUCAAGUUCCGUAAAGAAAAAGGACUUGAUAUACAAACAAAUAUGUUUGCAUUUUAUAAUUACGUUAUAGAUUCUCUUAUGCUUCGAGCAACAUUAACUCAGUUAAGAGAGAAAGUUAGAGCUUUGAGGAAAAAACAUGAGAAAAAUGUUAGCCGUAAAAAGGGUCCAAAAACUCCACAUGAGGUGGAGUUGUUCCAAUUGUCUCAAAAAAUAUGGAUGGUUAAUGUCAAAGAAUCUGAACACCAAAAAGAGUUUGUAGGCGGGAAAUCGGAAAUCCCAAACACAUCGGAACCCAGGCAGCCAGUAAAACAGAACUUACUGGAAAAUUGGAUGUCUCAGCAACACAUUCCAGAAAUUGAACAGCCAAAACAGGAAAUAAUACCGAAAAUUGGGCUGGGUUCGCAGAAUCUGCUAACAUUGCUAAAGCGUAUAGCAGAAGAUGUAGAACUUGUAGCAAAUGCUAUGUCACGUUCUCAAAGGCAAGUUGAUGGAGAACGGUCGGAUCUUUAUUUUCAAAGCACAGAUUUACUUGUGAAGUUUGGGAGAUUGGUGAAGGAGAUCAAAGCGAAACCAGAAAUGAGACAUUCUUCUGAACUACUUGAACAAGAGAUAUUAAAAGCCUACUUGGAAGCGAAGAUAGAGCACACACAAUUAGUUUCAAAUGCCUAUAAUACUUUCAUUCAGGUUGAUGUUGUUGUAGCUGCUCCGACCAAACCCAUGAAGAAAGGGAAGAGAGAAGCUGAGAAUGAAAUUGAGAAGUUAGGGAGUACAAAGAAGCAAAAGAAACAUUUGGCUGUAGCACAAGCUGCUGAGAAAAAGAAAAGCGAUGCAAAGGCUCAGAAGAAGAAGAAGAAGAAGAAACAAGAAACCAGUUCCUGUGACGAUAGCUCUCAGCCAGAAGACGAGAAGAAGCUUACUGAAGCAGCGGCACCUCCUAAGAAAGUAACUCCUGCCAAAAAUGAAAAAUUAGCCAGCAGUUCAGAUGACUCAGAUUCUUCAGGCGAGGAUGAAGCUCCUUCUAAGAAGGCUGUUGCAACUUCAAGUAAGAAUGGUCUUGCUGCUAAGAAUAAUGAUGAUCCGAGUGAUGAUUCUAAUUCUGAAGCCAAGAAACCUCCUGCUAAUGGCUCUGCUGCAGCUUCUAAGAAAGACGAGUCAAGUGAUGAGUCUAGUUCUGAGGAUGAUAGCAGCAGCUCCGAGGCGGACGAGGCGCCUGCUGCUGCCUCAAAAAAGGAAGAAUCUAGUGAUGAUGAUGAUGAUGAUGAUGAGCCUCCGUCUAAGGUAGUUUCUCAAUCAACAAAAGCUGCUCAAGCCGUGAAAAAGAAUAGUGACAGCUCUGAAGAAACCGACUAUGAUGAAGAUGAUUCUGAUUCGGACAAGGGAAAGGCUGCUGCUGUAUGUAAAAAGAAGGUUCCUUCAUCUGCAGACGGUGAUGAUGAGAGUAAGGAUGAUACUUCUGAAGAAAGUGAUGAAGAAGAGCCUCAAAAGAAAAAGAUCAAG